CUCUUUUUCUCUUUUACUUUUAUUUCCUACUACACACCCACACACACAUAUCUCUGUGCAAAAUGGAUCGGGUAUCUGUAGGUGGCAGCGAGAAGGAUGUCGAACAGUCCGCCAUUCCAAGGGAUUAUUAUGAAGAACAGCUCGAACGAGAAAGGGAAAAACGGGAGUGGACCUGGCGAGGCAAAACCUGGAAAGAACGCUUCUCGUUUGUACGAUCCUUGAACUUUUGGCGUGUGCUUAUCCUUGGACAGAUCCUCGCAAUGUGUAUUACCGGUACUGUGGUGACAUCGAAUAAACUCGGUAGCGAUUACAACUUUAAUGCACCUACAACGCAAACUUUCUUGGUCUAUGCUGUAUUGGCCCUUAUCUACAACCCCUAUGCGAUCUGGAAACGUGGCUGGAAAGCAUGGCUUAACCAAUUCUGGGAACGUGGCGUUUACUACUUCUUCCUCGGCUGGGUUGAUGUCGAAGGCAAUUACUUGGUCGUCAAGGCUUACGCAUACACGGGCAUGUUAUCGGUCAUGUUACUUGACUGCUGGAGUACGCCAACCUGUGUCAUUCUGGCCCUGAUCUUUUUCCGUGUACGCUACCGAUGGUUACAAUACGUGGGCAUCUUUCUGGCCAUGUGCGGCACGGGCAUGGUUGUCGGCAGUGACGCCAUGGAUGGCCAGUCGUGGAUGGCGAGUGAUCCGGUCAGGGGUAACUUUUUUGUCAUUAUUGGCGCCACAUUCUACGGUAUUUCCAACACCAGUGUCGAAUACUUGUCGCGCAAAUAUCCAAUCUACGAAGUCACUGGCAGCUUCACAUUGUUUGCCACUUUGAUCAACCUGGUCCAGCUCAUGAUUCUGGAACGAGAAGAGUUCAGCACGUUUGUCAACAAUGGCGAGGUUGUCGGCAUGAUCAUUGCCUACACCGUCUGUAUGGUGAUUCUGUAUUCGCUCGCGCCAGUCAUGUUCCGUUGGGGAAGUGCCGUCUUGUAUAACCUGUCGUUGAUGACCAGUGAUUUCUGGAGUUUGAUUUUCGGUUUGGGUCUUUUUGGUUAUACGGUUGGCUUCCUGUAUCCCAUCGCCUUUGUGGUCAUCAUCCUCGGUAUUGCCUUGUACUAUGUGUUCCCUACACCCGAGCCUGUCAUCCAGAUGCCAAACGAUCCGACGCGAAGACACAAGCGAUUCAAGUGGUUUGGCUUUUGGUAUGAUACCAUAGAGCCUGUCGUUGGACCGGAGCAUCAAAAGUCUGAUGCGCACAGUGAUCCUGCUACUAUGGCCCGUACCGAACAAGUCGACUUGCCUCCUAUCACGAUGGUGGACAAGUCCUAGAGAUCCAUUACUGUCAUAUAUGGCGACGAGGGGAAGUAUCAUCAAACCAACCAACCAACCAACCAAAAAAAAAACUCUUAUUAUUGCAUACACUCAUGAGGAACGUCCCCCGCAUCUUUUAUUUUCUAUAUAUCACCCCUAAUUCCUAUUGAUAUCCCUAUCACCGUCGUCAUCACAGCCUAUUUAAUCAUUGUAGUACUAGCAUAUUAUUAUUUAUUCUUCCACUCCUCCCCUUCCCCCUUUAUUUUGUCCUUUUAUUCCGCGGUUGUAAAUUCUAGACGACUGGCACUUGCGUCUUUGGUCAGUCUGUAAAGAAAAAGACGUUUCUCCCGCUCAUAUACAUAACAGAGCUUCCCUCCCUCCCCGC